AUGGACCAGAACCCAUGCCUCGGUCCCCAUGCCUCGGUCUUUGAUCCAAAAAAGUACGCACUCGUGCACUUCGCGAACAUCCGAGAGGUCGACCCGCAGUUCACGUCGUUAUCUCUACAGGGGCAUAGAGUACCAGCAACGAGAUCCGCCGAGGGCUAUCAGGGCUACUGGCUAGACCCCGGAUUGGAAUUCCAUCACCACCACGAAAUGGCGGUUACGAAAGCAGCCGUAUCUCUCCAGGCGUUACGGAGCUUAGCUGUCAUCCCGCAGAUGCUCUUGAGGCUGCCAGCAUGGUAUCAGCCUAUGCUCAUCAAAACAGGCCGCGUGCUUGAUCAGUGGAGAAUUCAGAACGACGGCAGCAGAAGCGUUGAACACAGAACUGCACUUACCACCAAUCGCAAUUCACAUGAAUCGGCUCGUGAAGGAAACGGCGCUACGACUACGGACAGGACCUGCAUUCGCUGUUCUACCAACGAUACUGCGACGUCGACCUGGGGACGAGAGAGACCGGUCUGGAUGGACACCAAUGGAGGCGCAAGCGUGGAAGAAGGGCGGGUGUCUCACGGCCCCCCCAAACACUUUGGCGAGGGAAUGGGAAACCGGAAGGCUUUCGUCCAGGAGCCAUGGCAAGCGCUACCAGAGGUGACCAUCGAGGACAGAGAACUCGCCCUCGAACAUCAUAUCCUGAUGAAGACUCGAGAGAAAGACCCCUCAUCCUCUACACCGAUGGUAGUGGCAUUGAAGAUGGGUGGCGAUGACACGUCUACCGUGUACGCGGCAGAGCUCCGUGCAGUCGAGAUGGCGCUCACGCUGGUUCUUGAAAGCACGGGGCCGUGGGCUAAACAAGUAAAGAACAGGCACGCAAAAGAAGCCGCCCGUGACUCGGACGGAUCACAGAACCCUCACAAAAGGCAUAUCCAUCUUGCAGCCGCAGUCAAGCGCCAGAUCCGUAGUGACGCGAAGGAGAAUUAA